AUGUCUUCGAGAUUCUCAGCAGCGCGACCGAGUCGCGCAGGCGAACAGUUUGCGCGAACUCACCACCAUGAGGAUGACGACGCAGGCCCCUCCUCCAAAAAGCCCAAAUUCGAUCUCCGCAACCCUUCAGCACUCGCCCCCGACGCCCCAGAAGAAGAUGCCAUUCUAGAAGCCGAUGUUAUCGGGGGCUCUGGAGCUGGCACCAAACGUGGGGCGGUGAAUCUAGACGGAUAUGAUAGCGAUUCAGAUAACGAAGGCUUUGAUGCGCGGGCAGAAGAAAGAGCCAAAGGAAAGAAGGGCGAUGUCAAUCUGGCAGAUGCAUUAGAUGGAUACUCGAAAGACAAAAGCAGCGGUGGGCCGGGCAAAUCAGAAAUGGAAGAAGAUGCAGAUAUGUUUGCGGAUUUGGAAGAUGACUUUGCAGAUGGAGAUGAGGAUGAGGGCAAGACGGGGAAGAAGGGCAAGGCCGUGAGAUUUCUAGAAGAUGAUGAGAUUGAGGGACAGGUUCUGAGUAGUAAGAGUGGCGGCCAUAUAUCGGGGAAUUUUGCUCUGGACCCAAAAGGGAAAUUAUCCUCUCACGCGAUGGAUGAUCAGGAGAGUAGUGAUGACGAAGAGGAUGCAGCUUUGGCGGCCCAGGAGGAGGAUGUAGAUGAGGAAGUUGGCGCUGGUGGACUGAAGAGAAACGCCCCUAAAGUUGAUGCAUUCAACAUGAAGGCAGAACAGGAAGAGGGCAGAUUCGAUGAAGCAGGAAACUACAUUCGAAAAGCAGCAGAUCCAGACGCGAUACAUGACUCAUGGCUCGAAGGCGUCAGCAAGAAGGAUAUGAAGAAGGCAGCAGAAGCACACGAGAAGCGAGAGGCGGAAAGGCGGCAAAAGAGGCUUGAAGACGACGCAAUGCUCUUGCCGGACAUAUUACGGACAUUAAUUCUACGCUUAGAGAAGGGGGAGACAGCCUUGGAAGCAUUGGCGAGACUAGGAAAGGGUCAAGCUAAAACGAAGAAGAUCCCAAAGUGGAAAUUGAAGAAGCAGAAGAAGAAUGGCAAUGAUAUGGAUGUGGAUACAGAGAAGAAAGCUGAAGACCCGGAACAAGCCAAAAUUGUGGAAGCGAUCGAUGCUAUUACUGGUGCCGCGGAUCAGCUGCUCACGAGAGGCCAAACGGAUAUUUAUGAACAGGAGAGGGAAAUGCUCAUUCGACAAUAUCGACGGGAGACAGGCGAGGAUUGGGUCGAACCACCUGCUGAGGAGAGUGUAGAAGAAGAAAUCGAUGGCUCGAGACCGGUGAAAUUGUGGGAAUUUCGAUGGACCGAUGGACGAGAUGGGGGAGCGAAGCAGGGCCCAUAUGACGGCGCUACGAUGUUGGCAUGGCAAGAUGCUGGCUAUUUUGGCGAAGGGGUUGAAUUCAGAAAAGCUGAGGAUGAGGGGCCCUGGAGUCGGGUCGUGGACUUUAAUCGAGAAACCCGACGAGGAACCCUAGCAGCAACAGCCAUAGCUUCGACAUCAGGCCAGGCUUCAGGUUCAGAAUUGAAUGGAGACGCAGAAGCCGAACCACGACCAAUAACGCUAUCAGAAGCCGAGCAAGAGGCUAUUGCCCAGAGAGUAGCCCUUCUUAAACUUGAAAAGAAGAAGAGGAAUGGCAAGUUCUCUCACUAUGAAUACUACAUAUCUGGGGUUAGCCAAUUGCCGCACCCCCGGGACUUCCCUGACUACGAGGAGAACCCAUAUGCCACCAUCAAGGUGCCCAGGAAAUACUCAGCCAUUGCUACAGAAUACUGGGAAAUAAACAAUCCUCGGAGAAGGAAUCCUAUUCCAAAAAACAAUGUUUUCUUUGAUGUGGCUAAUCUCUGGGAGAGUAAUCCAUGCCAACAAGAGCAAGGCCGAGAUCCUAUUGGCGUACCAAUCCAUACUCACUGUUGGGAUAUAGUCGAACGUGUCAUUGGUCCCUGCAGGACUAGUCAUGACCUGGAGCGGUUGGUGAACGUUUUAUACAAGCAAUGGACGAGGAAAUUGUUCUUUGGCAUCGAUAACUGUGUCAAGAUUCUAAACAACCGCAAAAUUUGGGAUCCCGUACUACCACAUCGCGAUCCAGAUGCAACCCCCUGUCAUCCGGAGUCCUGGAUGCCACUGGUGAAUCCUCUCGACAGUAAAAUAGUUCGGCGCCUCCUUACCGGCAGUAUAAAGGAGUCCAACAGGGCAGAAAGGCACCAGACUCUGAGAAGCUGGCGGUUCUGCCCGCAGCAUUUGAAUUAUGGCAAAAAUAUUCCCCUGGAAAUAAUGUAUAAUAUCCUUGAUCAUAUACAGAGUACGGAUGACUUGGUAGCUCUAAAGGUGUUAGGAUGGCAGGCCCCGGACUCAUACUGGCUGAGUCGUAUCCCGCGAGACAUAUUUCUUGAACUCGACGAAGAAUUACAACAACUAAAAUCGACAGUGGUUGUUGACUGGCCGUUCUUCUGUCUAAAGGCGGAGAGGCUCAUGGAGACCUCGCAUAGUCUACUCAAUCGAAAGAGGAUUUUUAGAAUUGUGGGAUCGGUGAAAUCUCUUCUUCAGAAAGAGGAUAUGAGUAGUUUUAAUCGCUAA